UCUAUUCUCUUAUCGUCGUUUUGUUGUGAUCGCAAUCGGGAAAAGUGCGUGUUAUCGUUUCUCCUCCGUCUCGAACAAAAUGUAAUUGAAAAUCGCGGAAAACUGUCGUGCAAAUCCAUCAUAAUGCAACCGGACGAUCUCUCGAUGCCUCGCGGAGACAACAAAAUCAAGGAAAAGUUAAAUCUCCACGUGAAAAAACGCAUCCAGGAAACGGCUAAAACUUCAACAAAAGCAGAACCUCUCACUCCCCCGCCACCACCUUCCUCAGCGGGUCCAUCAACGUCGGCUGCAGCGCCACCCCCUGUGCCAGGGCCGUCUUCAGGACCAAAGACUAAAAAGCAAAAGACAAAGCACUCACCAGUGGCACUUACCGCCAGUACUGCCACCACCAGUUCAUCGUUCAACCUCGCGGGCGGAAGUUCCGGCAGCGGCAAACCGCCCACCGCGGAACAUCUGAUGCUCUCGCCCGGGGCGCUUGGCGGUGGCAACAGUAACGAUACCACCAACAGUAGCUUCAAUUCCGUCGAUUUGGAUCCGGAUGCAAACCUGUCGAACGACGGUCCCUCGGCGGACAAAUCCAGUCCGGGUGGAUCCGGUAACAAGGCUACGUCGAAACCGGAUAUUUUUACGAUGAUUUUGAACGAGAAGAAGAGCUCGCUAAUGCGAGAUCCAGAGGUAAUCAAAUUUUUACGAGACUUAAUGGAAAAGCGAGAUAAGCCCUAGCUAUUA